CCCAAUUUAGAAAUUAAAUUACACUCCUAGUGGUUGGAUUAUAAACAACAAAUAGCGCUAAUUGGUUGGCGAUAACAACGGACCCUGUUGGAAGGAAAUAAACUCGAAAUUAUUCUUUAAUCCUUGGCUCGGCUAAAAUGUUAUUCCGCUGUACAGACUUUAUGCUAAUUUGCCGGUCAAAUUAUGAGAUUAAGUCGGGUGUGAAUUACUGGGAAAGAAAAAAGGUAGUUCCGGCUUGUUGUUCCGGUGAUUACAUUCUGUGGGAACAUCCCCUGACGACGGGCUCUUUAUCGUACCUUCAACGGCCGGCGGUUUCGCAAUUUAACUGGUACGGGUAAUGAGAAAAGUGUACCGAGAAGCGUGCUCGUGGUAUGUACGAGGACGCAUGCGCGCCGCGCUUACCGCGACAAGCCCCGCAGUCCGCCGGUAACGCCACCGGACCCGCCCGCGCUGAUCGCUUCCCCCGCGACCCCGCCACUUGUCAAAAUAACUAAUUGAUUUAUACCCCCAAACAUUAGCCAAGUAGAAAGCGAACUUCACACUUUGAACCCGAAUCCGAAGCAAUUUAUACCGGAAAGUUUUGACGGAGUACAAUAAUAUGUUGAGAAUUAGUCAACGCGGUGAACUCUCGAUUAAGUUGGUGAUAAGUUUCAAACGUAUGUUGUAGGCGGGAGCGGUUGCUCAUGUGCGAUUAGCUUUAAGUCGCCGCCGAGCGGCAAUCUGUCACGGUAAAGUGACAGACGAAUGAGUGAUCGUAAAUAUUAGGCGGUUCUUUGUAGUAUUUCGCUGCCGAGUCACGAUGACAUACCCGGCCUAAUGGAUUCUUCUUGUAUAAAUAAAAUGGUCCUAAUCUGAAGAAUUGCGGUACUGUCGUGGCAUCUUAAUUAAUUUUGCCGGUGGCUUGUCAUCGCUUCUUUCCAUUAUCUAAAUUAGAUUAGCAUUGCCAAACAUUUUAUUUUUAGUACUUACAUGACAUUCGUCUGAAGUUCCGUAAUAGCCGUCGUUAAACGCAGCUGAGUACGUUUUUAAUCAACUGGCUCAGGCACAGAUGCCCCGACAGAGAACACUACAAUGGACAUAUCUUCUCACCGCUUUCGGGCAGAGUUUCUGCAAGAAUGGCAAGGAUCUGCUGAUGCUCCAUACUUCGAUCCUAGCACUCCAAGAAACAUAACUGGACUAGUUGGACAUCCCGUCAGAUUAUUGUGCCGAGUCAAGAAUUUGCAGAACAGAACCGUCUCAUGGGUGCGCCACCGUGAUAUCCAUCUGCUGACGGUGGGGCGCUACACGUACACAUCGGAUCAGCGGUUUGAGGCGCAGCACAAGCCGCGGUCUGAAGAGUGGGCGCUGCGCAUCCGCUCCCCGCAGCGUCGCGACUCCGGCCAGUACGAGUGCCAAAUAUCUACCACGCCACCCAUCGGUCACGCUGUCUUUCUUAACAUCGUAGAACCUGAAACAACGAUUUCAAGUGGCGCCGAACUGUUUAUUCAAGCCGGCUCCACCAUCAACCUCACGUGCACUGUGCGACAUACGCCCGAACCCCCGUCUUCAAUAACUUGGACUCACGCAGACCAGGUUAUAAAUUUUGAUUCUGCACGCGGUGGUAUCUCCCUGGUCACCGAGAAAGGCAUGAAAAGCACGAGUCGUCUGCUGGUGCAGCGGGCGAGGGGCGCCGAUGCCGGGCUGUACACGUGUGGGCCUAACAACGCGCCUCCUGCCUCCACUCGAGUCCAUGUGUUGUCUGGUGAACAUCCAGCGGCGAUGCAGCAAGGCUGUGCAAAAUCAUCUCUUGACCAAAUGACAACAAUACUAUGCUGCAUUUUAACCUUCUACUUUCUAAAUAAAUCGUUUUCUGACAUACAGUUUGCUACUUAAUUUCAUGUUUAUAAAAAUUGAUUUGUAACUACAAAAAACAACAUUUGUUGUUUGCUAAUGUAUGUACAUAUAUUAUCUCUCACCUUUGUAAACAAUUUAAUUUAUUUCAUUUAUCUUACAACUGUGUUUGUUUAAACAAUUUCAACGCACACAGUAAUUAAAAUAUUCUAUGUCUGUUAUUAUAGUACAUACUUAAAUGUAAUUUUAUAAGGACUGUAAAAAGUAGUUUAAUUAAUAAAUACAUCAUCGAAAUAUAAAUACAUUGGAAUAAGU